AUGGCCAAGACCCCUGGUGAUCAUCUGCUAAACACCCUGGAGGAGCUGCUGCCCUAUGACUUCGAGAAGUUCAAGUUCAAGUUGCAGAACACCAGCCUGGAGAAGGGCCACUCCCGGAUCCCCCGGGGCCUUCUGCAGAUGGCCAGGCCAGUAAAGCUGGCCAGCCUGCUGCUCACCUACUAUGGGGAGAAGUAUGCUGUAAGGCUCACCCUGCAGAUACUGAGGGCCACCAACCAGCGCCAACUAGCUGAGGAGCUUCGCAAAGCCACAGGCCCAGAACAUUUAACGGAAGAAAAUAGACCUGGUGGUUCUGUUCAGUCUUCCGGAGACACUAAGCCCAAGAGCGUGAAAGCGCCAGAUGCCCUGGAAGGUGAUGGGACCAGGCCGAGUGGUGAUGGAUCACAGAACCUGCCACCCAGCCAGUCUGUAGGAGAGAAGGGAUCCCAGAAGAAGUCUCAGGUCAAGAGGAAGGAUCAGAGGGGCCCUGAGAGCCUGGACUCACAGACCAAGCCAUGGGCCAAGAGUACAGCACCACUCUAUAGAAGAGGCCCGGGCACCACACAGUGCCCAGGGAACAAAGACAGCGAGGCAAAUGCCCAGCUCCGCAGGAAUGCCAGCUCCGCAGGAAGGCUGCAGGGACUCUACAACAGUAGCCCCGGGAGGAGAGAAAGCAAGAAAGCUGAAGCGUAUCUGCCUUCAGGAAAGAAGCGUCCCAGAAGUCUUGAGAUUACCGCUUAUUCAAGCAAAGGAGAACCUCCAGGUGCAGAAGCUCUUCUGGCUCCAGAGGAAACAAUGACUGUGAAUCCACUCUCUUCCCCUGGUCCCAUGAGAGUAGCCGUCCUGAAUGAAGAGACUACUGCAGUUCUAGAAAAGAGCUCAGGGAAUCCAGAACCUUCCAUGGUCCCCAACGAAGAAACACUCAGGAACAUCCCUUCCAAAACAUCGUUGACUAGAGAGAAGAAACGCACUAUAUCCUUGAAGGAAAAUGAAACUGGAAGACCAGAGACCCCGGAGAGUUCGGGGAAGACGGCUGGCAGUUCAUUCUGUGAGUCCUGUAAUCCAGAGGUGUCUCUGUCACCAUGUGAAAACGCAGCCCAAACUCCAGAGGACCCGGCACCCUCAGGACCGACAGCUUGUAAAGGAAGGUCACAGGACAAGGCUGCAUGUCCUCUUUGCCACACCCAGGAAGGAGACCCGCAUAGUGGUACCUGUGUGCAGAGUUCCUUCAGCAGCUCCAUUGCUCCCGGGGACCCCAAGGCCCCAGACAGAUGCUCAUCCAUAUGCAUCCAGUGCCAAAGUUCACUUGCAGGAAAGCACUGUGGAGACCAGAGCCCCCAGUCCCUACCGCAGUGCCCACGUCACAUGAAGCAGGUGCAGCUGCUCUUCUGUGAGGACCACAGGGAGCCCAUCUGCCUCAUCUGCAGGCUGAGUCAGGAGCAUCAAGGCCAUCGAGUGCGUCCCAUUGAGGAGGCUGCACUGGAGUAUAAGGAGCAAAUCCAGAAGCAGCUGGAGCUUCUGAGGGAGCUGAGGGGAUGUGUGGAGCAACACAGACUACAUGGAGACAAGAAGACAGAGAACUUCCUGAAAGAAACAGAAAUCCAGCAGCAGAGGGCUUCCUAUCAGCUUGAGAAGCUAUACCAGUUCCUGGAGCAGCAAGAGCAACUCUUUGUGGCCUGGCUGCAGGAACUGGGCCAGACCAUUGGCAAGGUCCGAGAGACUCAUGACACCCAGGUUUCCCGAGACAUUGCCCUCUUAGAUAAACUGAUUGGAGAACUGGAGGCCAAGCAAGACCAGCCAGAAUGGAAGCUUAUGCAGGACGUUGGAGUCACAUUGCACAGGGCCAAGAUGGUGACUGUCUCUGAGUCACUGGCCACUCCUCCAGAUGUCAAAGAAAAGAUCCACCUGCUCUACCAGAAAUCAAAGUUUGUGGAGAAGAGUAUGCAGAACUUCUCAGAAACACUGCGCUCUGAGAUGGAGACAUUUGAUGGUGUGGCUGUAGCAAAAUGCGGAGGGCACCAGCCUAGCAUGCCACAGACCCAGGGUGUGAUGCCCAGCGCUUACCUAAAGUGGGAUGCUGAAAACACACAGGACUAUGAUAUAGUACUGUACCCGGAAGUGGAAGCUGGAGGCGCAGGAUCUCAGGAUGACCUUCAGCCCCAGCAAGCUCAAGGCCGGCCUGAGCUACGGGAGACCAACAAACGGAAAACCAGAUCUUUCCUGAAAUGGAAACCUUCAUUUUUCCAGAAGUGAUUGGUGCUCAGGAACGUGCUGGAAGAGUGUGAGAUUUGGAAACAAGUCAUAUGCUGCCUGACAGUCCCCAAAGAUUCUAAAGUCACAUCAUCAUCCUGGAUACGCCUAGCUUUGACUCCAGCUGCCAUCACUGGGAGGUGGAGUUUGACACGAGACUGCGGGUCCUGGGAGCAUGGAAAGCAGCAGCAAGCAGGGAACUACAACUCUGCAGAGAAUGGCUCCUGGGUGACAACGGUGGCAAAGCAACAUGAAUCCACUUCUCUCCCAACUGUGAAUGGGGCACACAGCUAGGAACCUUCCCCUUACAGCAUGACAGCCAGGUCCCACACCUACACUUCACCAGCUUCUCCUCCUUUAGUUCCCAUCAACCUGGGGCACAGGAUGAAGGGAAGAACAUGGCUCUUCUGAUCCAGUCAGACCAGAGACUUCACAGAGUGCCCAGCACUGUACCUCCAUUCUGGCCCCUGGUCUUCUGUCUUGCUUUCCUUCACUCAGCAGUCAGUAGCGAAGUAUCAGCUGAUAUAAGGGAUGUAAUAAACAAGAAAACAACAUUAGGCUGGAUGCAGUGGUGCAUGCCUACAAUCCUAACAGCCUGAGAGCCUGAGGCAGGAUGGUGCCUGUGAGUUUGGGUCUAGCCUGUUGGAUUUCAGGUUAUUCUGACUGUGGCCCAGCCUCCAUACAAAAAGAAAGAAAAUAAUGCUGGUGCCUGUAUUAGUUAGUACCCCUGGUGCUGUAAUAAAAACCCCCGCCAAAAGCAACUUGGAGAGGAAGCCUUUAUUCUGAUUCAUAGAUCAAGAGAUUAGAACAUCAUGGCAAGUCAGUUACAGUGGCAGGAACUAGAGGCAGAUAGUCACUUUGCUUCGUCAAGAGGCAGAGAGUGACGAACUUUGAAAGCCCAUCUUCCUCCUUUGUUAUGCAGUCCGGACGCGGCUCUAGGGCAGGUUGCCACACAGGUUACAGGAAGGGUAUUCCCAAGUCAAUCAGCCUCAUCAAGAAGCACUCUCUCAAUCACGCAGGGAAGCUUGGCCCUGGAGCGAGCACACAGCUUGUGAGUUGAGAACCUUCAGAGUGUGCUAGAAGCACACCAAAUGCUCACAGAGAUACUCCAACACUGGCGAGCAAAGGUGAAGACGGCACACACAGUAACGACACGCAGUGGCGUUCAGAAGAGGAAGUGCAUGGCUGAUGGGAAAUUCUGCAUGAAUCAGUACUCUCAGAUGUACUUGGGACAGAAGAUUCCACUUCACUUUCCCUCCUUGGGGCAAGAAUGUGUCCUGUCUGCCCUAGUCUCAAGGACACAGAAAACCUACAGGAAAUAAAUAUACACAGACUCCAAGAGGGGCACACACUCUUCCUAUCUCUUUGGUUCUCACUCUUUUCUCAUUUUGGUUUUUCUGAGACAGGGUUUCUCUAAGUAGCCCUGGCUGUCCUGGAACUUGUUCUAUAGACCAGGCUGGUCUCAAACUCACAGAGCUCCACCUGCCUCUGCCUCCCGAGUGCUGGGAUUAAAGGUGCACACCACCACUGCCCGGCUCAGUUCUUACUCUCUGGGUUGUGAAGGUGCCAUCUUUAAAGGCUCCACCACAUUUGGCUCUCCAUAUCAUGCAUUGUAUCGCCAGUGCUCUCCCUCCAUCUCAAGGUCUGAUCAUGGCCAUGACUGUUAUAUUCUAAAUCUCAUACCUGAAGGGAAUUAUACAUCAGCUUUCUUUCAGGCAGACCGCUGCUAUUCUUAACAUUAUAAGUGCUGUAUUGUAACUUGCCUUUUAAUUUAUUCUAUUUAUUGGUUGUAUUGUAUUGUACUACAUUAACAUAUGAUUUAACCACAGCCUUGAAGGCAGGCUGUACAUGUUUUACUAGAUAACAAUAUCACUCUUGUGUGUGUGUGUUUGUGCAUGAAUGCGUAUGGUGUGCCUGUCUGUAUGAUGGCUAUACAUAUGUGUGUAAAUAUGCAUGUAUAUGGAUAUGCAGAGCAGAGAUCAACCUCAGAUCAUUCCU